UCCUCUUCUCUUUCUCUCCUCUUUCAAACAUCAAAAUUCCAAAAUCCAAAAAACUUCUUCCGUCAAUCCCAAUCACAACUCCAAACAAACCGCCAUUCUUUCGAGCUCGAUAAACCCAGAGCCAAAAAAAAAUAAAAAUGUUUAACUUCACCUUAUCAUCCGACCAAGAUUCCUUCGCCCACAGAUGCGUGUGGGUAAACGGGCCGGUGAUCGUCGGCGCCGGCCCGUCGGGGCUCGCCGUCGGCGCCUGCCUGAAAGAACAGGGCGUCCCCUUCGUAAUCCUCGAAAGGGCAGACUGCAUUGCUUCUCUAUGGCAAAAACGCACCUACGACCGCCUAAAACUUCAUCUCCCCAAGCAAUUUUGCCAGCUCCCCAAAUUCCCUUUCCCGGAUCACUACCAAGAGUACCCGACAAGGCGGGAGUUCAUUAAAUACCUCGAAUCGUACGCUGAACACUUCGACAUCAAGCCGCGGUUCAACGAGUGCGUUUCGUCCGCUAAGUACGAUGAGGCCUGCAAGGUGUGGCGGGUCAAGACGGCCGCCCCGGACGGGGGAGAAGUCGAGUAUAUUUGCCAGUGGCUCGUAGUCGCCACCGGCGAGAAUGCCGAGUCCGUCGUGCCGGAGAUUGAGGGGCUCAAGGAAUUCGCCGGCGAAGUUAUCCACGUCUGCGAUUACAAGUCCGGCGAGAAUUUCCGCGGCAAGAAAGUCCUGGUCGUCGGCUGUGGGAAUUCCGGCAUGGAAAUCUCCCUUGAUCUUUGCAACCACGACGCUAAACCUUCCAUGGUUUGCCGCAACUCGGUUCAUGUACUGCCCAGAGAAAUUUUGGGGAAAUCGACGUUUGAACUCGCUGUGUUAAUGAUGAAAUGGCUGCCGCUCUGGCUGGUGGACAAGAUUCUGGUAGUCCUGACAUGGUUUAUCCUCGGAAACAUCGAAAAAUAUGGACUGAAAAGGCCUUCAAUUGGACCAUUGGAACUCAAGAAUACACGAGGAAAAACCCCUGUUCUUGACAUUGGUGCCCUGGAAAAGAUCAGAUCAGGAAAACUUAACGUUGUGCCGGGAAUCAAGAAAUUUUCCGGUGGAAUGGUUGAGCUCGUCGACGGCGAAUGCCUCGAAAUUGAUGCCGUCGUCCUUGCUACCGGAUACCGUAGCAAUGUCCCAUACUGGUUACAGGAAGCCGAUUUUUUCUCCAAGAAUGGAUUCCCAAAAACACCAUUCCCAAACAGUUGGAAAGGCAAGUCAGGGCUCUACGCAGUUGGAUUCACGAGGAGAGGGCUAUCUGGUACUUCGGCUGAUGCUGUGAAAACAGCCCAAGAUAUCACUAAAGUCUACAAAGAGGAUAUUAAGCAAAAGAAGCAAAAAGUCCCGACACAUCGACGAUGCAUUUCCACCUUCUAAACUCAACUCACUAAACCUAAUCUCCUAAUCUUGCAUUAGUAGUAGUUGACACAUGUGGACUAUAAUUAUACACUUUAUUUUUUUCUCUUUAAUUAUACAUAAACUUCAAUGACAAGUAGCUAGCUAGAUAGCUUAGAUAUCAGUCAGAUCAGCCCUCUCCAGAAAGCCCAGUUUUGUUAGUAUUGGGCAGCCCCGUACGCUUAGGAUGAUGAGGCGUUUUGGUGCUCGUUUCCUCGGAUGUGUAUUAUUUAUUAUUUUAUUUAAUUUAGUUACAAUGACAA